AUGUCAUAUCUUAAGAUUUGUCUCUCAAUCAUCUCUAAAUUUCACUCCGACACCAUCCCUUCCCUCUCUCCUUUCUCUCUCUUUCUAUCUUUCUCUCUUCCUCUCUCUCUCUUCCUCUCUCUCUCUACAUACCUUCAUAUUUGUCUCUCGCUCAUCUCUAAAUUUCUCUCCGCCACUCUCCUCCUCUCCCCCUCUCUCUAUAACUCUAUCACUCCCUCUCCCCCCUCUUUGUCUCUCUAUAUCUGUCUCUCGCUCACCUUAAAAUUUCUCUCCGCCACUCUCCCUUUUCCUUCACUCUCUCUCUCUCUCUCUCUCUCUCUCUCUCUCUCUCUCUCUCUCUGUCUGCCUUCAUUUCAUCUCUCUUUUCCUUUCCUUUCUAACUAUCGCUCGCCUCCUCUCUCUCUCUCUCUCUCUCUCUCUCUCUCUGUUCACUCUUUUUUUCCAUCACUCAAUAUUUUGUUUACUCUCUCUCUCCUUCUCUCUCUCUCCCUCUCUCUCUCUCUCUCUCUCUCUCUCUCUCUCAGACAGUUUUCGUCUUUCCUAAUUCAUCUAUUCUACCUCCUCUUACUCUUUAAUCAUGUUUUCUCUCUUUAUAUUCUCCUCUCUCGAUCUCAUUAUAUACUUGCUUCUCUCUUUCUACAUCUCUCUUUCUCUGUCCUUUCACCUCCACCUUCUCCACCCUUCCCUCUCUCCUUUUUUUUUAAUCCUUUCUUUCUCCAGCUAUCUGCUUAUCUCUCUCGCUUUAAAUAG